AGCCCACCAAGCUGCCCAAUGCGGAUUGGCAGACUUCACACACGCAGAGAAUUAAGAAAAUUCUCAGGUAUGCAGGUUUGCUCACGAUGUUAUUCCUUCACGUGAUAUUUAGUUUCUUAAAAUGCACAUGAAAAAUUGGAGGUGUCAGUGACCGGAUUCGAACCUACGCCAUCCGAAUUGAAAGCAGAUGUCAUAUCUACUGGGCUAUCGCAGCUCCUAUCCAAGUCCUGCUUAGACUCUAUCAAACAUUAAAGCAAAAAAUCUUCCAUCUGAUUUUAUUAAAUAAAUACAGAAGUCGAGGAAUUUCAUAUAAAACUUUCCGACCUACCGGAAAUAAAUGUGAAAUGAAAGUACACAGACUAGCUCAGUUACAGUUUCCUCCAUUUAUAGAUAUCCGUAGAAGUUAUUCAAUUUCGGCACUCCUAUCCGGAAAUAAAGUUUAAAAAGCCAGUUCACUUUUCAAGGCGAUGUAUUUGAGGUUUGGAAUGUUGGCGCCAAUGUUGGUGGCGAAUGUCGAAUGUUUGGCGCACAGGGGUUGGGGGUGGAAUGAGGAAUCAUUCGGUUACCGUGCCUCGUCGGCGCAGGACGUCGUCGCGUUUUGUCGCAAACUUUUGCGAUCGUUACGUGUACAAAUACGUUCGGUUUAUCGAAUUUACGUAAAAUACGAAUAUUAUGUCGAACACUUUUAAUGACUACGUAGUUAUGUGAUUGUAUGCUUUAUGCAGGUACAUAAUUAUUUAUUAAAUUUUUGUCUGAGAUUAAAUGUUUAGUAAAUAAUCUGCAUACCGUUUAUAUAAAGUUAAAUAUGUUGAAAAGUUUUAAUGACUUUAGUUAUGUGAACGCUAUUGGCAGAUGUGCCUUACAAGCGGCACAACGAAACCGAGCUGAUAGCGCCAAGAUUGAACGUUAAAACAAUAAUUUUGAAAAAAGAACGCGUCCAACGCGACGGUCGACGGUAAAGAGCGGCAGACGCGGCAGUCGCGCGGGCGACGCCGCGCCGAGCGGUUGUGGAUCGCUGGCGACGCUGGUGCCACUUGUGUGUGGUGGCGAGCGUGGGCGCGAGCGCGCAGCGUAGCCCGCUCGGCUGGGCCAUGGGCAGCUCGCACAGAAUAGCCGCUGUGGCGGCUGUGUCGCACGCGAAACACUACUACAACUACACCAGACCUGAUGUACAAACGGUUGAGUCGUCGCAUUACACAGUCAAUAUAUUUUUUGUGAGUGCAACGCUCUGUGGGAUCCUGGUGGCGGUCUGCGCAGCCUGCUGGCGGAGGUCGUCCCCAUCUCACAAGCCUGAUGCCGUUGUUGACUACGAGGUCUACACCAUCAGCGCUGACGACAGGUUGCAACAUCCGGAUCAAGAGGACUUGCCUGGUCCUCCGCCGGCCUACGAAAGUGUCAUUGAUGAUUCUAUGAAUAAGGAUUGCACCAUUUUACAAGAGGUGGUAAGCGAACCUUGUCCAGAAUACAAAACGAGAGUGGACAGUGGCCUUCCUUCGUACGAAGCUGCUGUGAUGUUGCGUGAUACUAAAUUAUAAUACAUCUCAGGAAUAUACUAAAUCGAUGUGUAUGUCACAUCAGUACUGCUUUUGUAACUCGACAUUGUGAGAUACGCUUGUCUGUAUCCCUCUCUGUCUAAUACCAUACUAUAGAUAGAGAACGAUAGACACAAAUUCAAAUCUCACACAGUCGAGUUAUAAAAAUUUCGCUAGAGAAUAGUGCUACUGAACUUAUUGUAUUGAAUUUUUACUUUGAAUUGCAAUUAAUAUAAAGAUGCUUCUGAGAUUCGUACAAAUGAUUUAGUAUCAAUAAGUUUUAAAACCAUAAUCUUAUACGCUAAUUAUACUACAAGAUUUACUACAACAAUUGAUGACGCAUAACAGCGUUGUUAAAAAGUUUAAAUUUUAACUUGCAUUUUUUGUAAAGAGAGCACAGAACUUUAUUUAUUUUUUAAUUCCUUUCUAUUAGUGCAACUAAAUUAAUAUAUAAUUAUCAUUCUCAAGGACUGUUCAAUCUGGGCAAAGACUCUCAUACGAAUUAGACAGCGUCCUUUUGGUUAGGAAGACCUUACACCUAUUACAGAAAUAACGGUUUAUAUACUCAGAAGAGGUACAAUUAUUCGCCCAUUUUAGUAUAGUCGCGCAUAUUAAAGUAGGCGGAUAGUUGUGCUUCUGAGUAUAUUAUCGGUAGACGGUUUAACCUUGGAUAUAGUACCUCGUAAGUUGGCUAAUUGAACAUUAGAAACGCAUUAUUUAAUUAUUCAAAGCGACACCGUAAACCAGUUACUCUCACCACUCGCAGAUAGGUGAUAAUCUAUAUCUAUAUUAAUAUUAUAAAGAGGUAAAGUUUGAAUUUGUACAGGUAGUCUCUAGAUCUAGCCAAUUAAAAAAAAAUCUUUUACUAAUAAAAAGCUUCGUUAUUUGCGAGUGUCAUUGAUUAUGUUUUAUCCUCGUAUUCCCAUGGGAACGAGAACGAAGCGGGUUAAACCACGGAGCGUCUGUUAGUACUACAACCAAAGUUGAAUUGUUCCUAAAAUAGAAUAUCUAUACGAUAACUUGUAUAGAGUAACAAUUUACGUUAAACUUUGAAAAUGUGUGUGUGUUGGUGUUUGUUUUCUAUUGCAAAAACUUCGAUAUAUUAAAGCAUUAUCA